AGAAGAAGAGGAGGGAGAAAGAGAAACGUAGAAGAAGAAAACAAGCGGCGCUAACAACUAGCCUGGCUUGUUACGUCGAGGACAUUCUGAGAGUCGUCUUUCUUCAGCACACCGCCUCCCCUUCACCCCCCCUUCCAGAGCGCUGCAGGAUUGUUGGGGCUUCAGCUCUCUCCCUGACCUGCCAACAUGCCAGCCGCACUUACAGAUUCCAGUCAGAUAAUCUGUGAAGUCUGGGCGAGCAAUGUGGAGGAGGAAAUGAGGAAAAUCCGACAGAUUAUUCAAAGCUACAAUUUCAUUGCCAUGGACACAGAAUUCCCCGGGGUGGUCGUCCGACCGAUCGGCGAGUUCCGCAGCACCGUAGACUACCAGUACCAGCUGCUGCGGUGUAACGUCGACCUCCUGAAGAUCAUCCAGCUCGGCCUCUCGUUCAUGAACGAGGACGGAGACUAUCCUCACGGCACGACGACGUGGCAGUUCAACUUCAAGUUCAACCUCACAGAAGACAUGUACUCACAGGACUCCAUAGACCUGCUCCAGAACUCCGGGCUGCAGUUUAAAAAACAUGAAGAAGAGGGAAUCGACACGCUGUACUUCGCUGAGCUCCUCAUGACGUCUGGUCUGGUGCUGUGUGAAAACGUCAAGUGGCUCUCCUUCCACAGCGGCUACGACUUUGGCUACCUGGUGAAGCUCCUGACAGAUGCACGGCUCCCUGAGGAGGAACACGACUUCUUCCAGAUCCUCAACUUGUUCUUCCCCGCAAUCUACGACGUCAAGUACUUGAUGAAGAGCUGCAAGAACCUAAAGGGGGGGCUGCAGGAAGUAGCAGACCAGCUGGAGCUGAAGAGGAUCGGGCGGCAGCAUCAGGCUGGAUCUGACUCGCUGCUCACCGGCAUGGCUUUCUUUAGGAUGAAAGAGCUUUUCUUUGAAGACAACAUCGACGACGCAAAGUAUUGUGGGAGAUUGUACGGCCUGGGCUCAGGCUCCACCCAGCCCCAGAACGGCAUCUCCAGCUCGGGCCAGGAAGAGACGAACAACAAGCACUGACUGAACGCUCAGAAACCUUCAAGUGGAACACGCACUUGUUUUUAAAAAACCCGACCAGCAGAUCUCCCUCAAACGCUCGAUCCCUGAACGAGACGAAUCCCUCCCACGUUUCUUUUGACACGCCUCCUGAGUGGCUCUCAAACACGGACUCGCAGUGAUACCGGAUCCCUCACUGGCUCACUCCUUUUUUUUUUUUAAGUCGCUUUUCAGAAUACAUGGCCACAUAUUCAAAGCGCUUCUUUGUUUUUUUUAACCUCUUGGAUUUUUGUUUAACAGCAUUAUAGGGACCCCCCCCCCCCUCGUCUUAAACAUCAUGGGACCAGCUCCGGUAUCAAACUGUGACCUCAGAUUGAACUUUGACACAAACCGGUCACGCCCUUCAGUUCAGACCACGUCAGCCGGGACUCGCCACUUGUUGCAGGGAUUUAAUUUUUUAAGUUAAUGUUGGAAGGGCCUGUAAAUGAACAUGUAUAAUUUUGAUGAAAAUAAAAAUGUUUUAGCUCUUU